GGUAUAGCUAGUUAGCUAUAUGGCCAGCCAUCUUUGCGUUUAAAUGAAAAACUUCAGCCAUUAUUUUCCUCUUAUUUGUCUCGCUCCAAUAUUGUAUAGAUUGAAGAUCAAUAUAUUCAGAGAAUUAUACAUCUAAUAGUAGUAAGCAAGUAUAUAUGGUUGGGCAUUCAUUAUUAAUUUUUGAUUGUCAAAAAGAAAAAAAAUCAAUCAAGGUCUUUAAGUUGAACUUCUCUGUUUUUAGACUAACUAUGAAACGUCAGCUGCAAUUCCAUUCGCAUUUCAGCGUUCUUGGCCUACCAUUACCAAAAUUUGGUUUAAAAUUGAACGAAUUUUAUCGACAAAAUUUGACGACUGAAUUUAUUUCAUUGAUAUUUUGUAAGUAAAUUAUUAGUAGCCAAAAAGAUAAAUUUAUCACGAGAAAUAUCAAUGAAAUAAUUUAUCAAUGAUCUGUUAGUAAAGAUUAAAUCGAUGGAUUACCCACGGAUUAUUCCGUCGGUAAAUUAUUCUAAAAAAUUUUAUUAAAUUAAACUUUGAAUCCCUAAACCCCGCGUUAAAUAAAAUUUCGAAUCCCCGCAUUGAAAUCCCUAAACCCCCUUUUCCCCUUUCUCUCGCCGAAUAAUCUCUGCCACUCUCCUCUCACCGCCGCGCCUUGGAUCUUCCUUCCCGGUGCCGUCGAUUAUCCUCCGUCGUCUGUUGGUUCCUUCCAUCGUCCGAUGGCAUCGUCCUUCGUCCGUCGUUGAAUUCUGCGCCAUAUACCUAGAUAUGUUCAUUGGAGCAACAAUAUAUUUCUGUCUACUGCAAAAGGAUAAAUGAUAACAAUUUCAAUGGAACCAUACCUAGUUUCAUACAAAUGCGAACAACUCAGCAGACUAGAAAUGCAUGCCAGUGGACUUGAGGGACCAAUUCCAUCUAGCAUCUCUUUUGAGUAAUUUAAUUGAGCUGAGGAUUACUGACAUAAAUGGGCCAAAUCCAGGUUUUUCUAUGGUCAGAAACAUUACAGGCAUGGGUUUUGAGGAAUUGUAACAUUUUCAGAGAGAUCCCUAAAUACAUUUGGGCAAUGAAGAAUCUGGAAAUGUUUGACCUUUCAUACAAUGACUUCACAUGGCAAGGCCCUGAGAAACCUGGCUGUCAGGAGAACAUGAAUCUGAACUUAAACUUGUUUUGCAGCUCUUCAUCAAGGAACAACUUGAGGGGAGCUCUUCCAUGCAAGAAGGAUUUCACCUGUCCUCAAUGUACCAAGAAUACAAGUAAGAGUAUAUAUCUACCCAAAACGAGCAUUGUUUGAUGCUCAAAAAGAUGAGGAAUGGUUGAGAGACAAAUAGCAUCCAAUAAACUUGGUCAUUGUUAUUGAAAGGUUAGUUGUACUUGCAUAUUUCAUGAUGUUUUAGUUCGUAAAUUUGUUAGUAAGCUGAUGGACCCCCUCUGCCCUACAUUUUGUAGCAUGGUGUUAUUGAUGGAUUUGGUGUCAUUUUAUCAUGCUAUCAUUGGAUUCUUUCUUCAAUUUCAUUUUUUUUUUUUUGGGAUUUCAUUCUUUUAAAGAGAAACGAGCUUGCACACAAUGAGAUUUUGUUGGUGGAAAUUGCAUGACAUUGUAGUGAUGUUAUAGUUGUAGAAAUAACUACUUCCUAUAUGCCUUAAACAUGUGAACUUAAAACUAAUACUACUAUAUAUUAAUUUGUGCAUUACCAAAUGUUUGUUUAGGAUUUGGAACAUA